AUGGAGAGUCUGGCAGUAAUACGCAGCAAAUUGGUGCUACCCUUGGUGAAGUCAACGAAUAGAAAUGAACAGCAUAUUUUUACCUUCAGGUUCCUGCCGAGGCAAUCAAAGAACGUUGUAAACAGAAACCUUCGUUCCCGCGGCUCAUCGCUCUGUGAUUCUGCAGUUCUAGUUGUAAACAUUAUGCACGGUUUCGAACCGCAAACUAUAGAAUCUUUGAAACUAUUGCUUAAGAGAAUGACUCCACUUGUGGCUGCUCUUAAUAAGCAUUCGGAUGUUAACAUUGGCCCAGUCCAUAAGAAGACGUCCAGAAAGCAGCAUAUGUCGGAGCAUAAGCCAGAAUUCGCAGGCAUCCUGGCGUUUGACGUCAGAGUGGAGCGAGACGCGCAACUUUUUACGGAAAAGGAAAAGGUUAAAAUAUUCCAAGCAGACAUUAUCUAUCAUUUGGAAAAUAAUUUCCUCAGAUACAGGGAGGAGCUGCGGUCGAAAGUGCGAAGAGAGAACGAACACCUGGCUGUCUUCCAAUAAAUGGUCGUUGACAACAACAAAUAUAUCACGAAGAAUCCAAAAUGUUCAUAUUUAUGCGUGCUUCCUUUACGCACUUACCGCACUGAUCGCCCAAAUCAUACUGGGAUGUCUUAUUUUGUAUCUGUGGUGCAAAUACAAACUAUUCUGCCAGGAAAGUGA